AUGCUUAGGAGCAAUUUUGGACGAUUUAUACGCAGUAAGUGUUUAAGUGAUCCAAGUAUUCAGCUGUUACACUUUAAACGGACCAUUGGAUUUCUGAAGGCUGCCAAGUCCGGCGGCGCUCGUAUGCUAAUUUUGGGAAGCAAGCAUCAAAACGGCUUAAACUACACUGGUCUUCUCAGCGAAAGGUUCGACAGACCCAUUAAGGUUACACCGGACGUCAUUACCAACGCGCCCCUCAACUACGACUUAAUUUUGUGCUUUGACCCCGUUCGCUACGCCAGGCACCUGUACAACAUAAACUUGCCGUGCGUCGCCGUUUGCAAAGUCGAGGACCUGUACUGCCAUAGGGACAUUCCCGACGCUUUCGACUACUUUGUGCCCCUUACUGACGACUUUUUGGAUAUCGGUUGCGUCGACUCUGAGGAUGACGUCGCCAGUCGAGUUUGA